ACAAUGCCCAAAAUCACCAUCGCCCAUUAGGCUGCGUGCCGUCGUUCACUGAUUUCCGAGCUUGGACGGAUUUUCUGGAUCAGUCCUCGCUAGUGUGUAAACACGAACCCCUUCCGGCAUGCAGACAGAGCCAGGCAGCCAUAUUUAUUUGCUGGUGACACCAAUUAAAAGAGGCCGAGGGGCUAAGGUGGAAUUGUGUGAGGUCGAUAUGAAUGCUUGAUUGACCGUCAGAAGGAUCACAGCACGUCUUGUUACACAUGUUGGCGCCUCUGCAAUGGUGACAUACAAGGACAUUCAGGCCUCAAAUGCCUCCAUCGACGAUGACACAGCGCCACGCAUCUCUGUCUUUGCUGGCGGCACUUCGGGCAUCGGACAACUGACGGUUCGAGCCUUGGUGGCAACCGGAGCCAGCGUCAAGAUCUACUUAGUGGGCCGCAAGAGUUCCGAAGAACGCACCAAGGCCUUCAUCCAGGAAUUGGAAGCCGUCAAUCCCAAGGCCAAAAUCAUCUGGACCCAAGGCGAAAUCUCACUGUUGGCAGAAUCAAAAAGAGUCUGCGACGAGAUCAAGUCAAAAGAGUCUCAAAUCGAUCUCCUGUUCCUGACCGCCGGCUAUGCCCCCUUUCAUGAGCGCAGCGAGACCUCCGAGGGGCUGGAAAUCACGCAGAGCCUCGAGUACUACUCUCGAAUCCUCUUUAUUCUGCACCUUCUCCCUCUUCUCAACAAGGCAAAAGCCGGCCGAGUAGUCAGCGUCCUAGCCGGUGGCCUCGAGAGCCUCAAGAUUGAUUUGGACGACAUAGAUCUGAAGAAGCCUGGCAAUUUCGGUCUGGUCAAAGCCCAGCCUCAGUGGGGCACCCUGAACACAAUCGCCAUGGAAAAGCUGGCCGAUGACAAUCCCGGAGUCACCUUCAUCCACUCUUGGCCUGGUUGGGUUAACACUGGUAAUGUGCGCCGAGGCUUGAAGCCAAGUUCCAUCAAGGCUUGGAUUGUCAGCUUCACGCUGGAACCUCUAAUCGCCCUGUUCUCCUUCAGCGAUACGGAGUCGGGUCAACGUCAUUUGUACCAAUGUACCAGUGCUGCCUAUGGUGGCCAUGGAACUCCUUGGAAAGGCAAGCCAGGACUUAAUUCGCGAGAGAAACAAACCGAAGGCCUGUUUCUCGUCAAUCUCAAAUGCGACUGUACUCCCAAUGCAAAAGUCAUUCCACUCCUCCGGGAGAAAGCUCGGUCUAAAGUCUGGGACCAUGCAUAUGAGAUUCUUCAGCCAUAUCUGGACACAGAAGAGGCAUCUUGAACAUCUUGUCAAUUCCCACCAUUUUCAUUAAAAGUCUUUGUGUGGUAUCAACGCUUUUUGCCAAUCAACCCUGGUACCUGAGCCUCUUGACGGGGAAGCUUUGUUGUGCAGAGUGAUAACUUGCAGCAUCUUCCGACCUCAAAGCUAGAUGGUCUACAAUCAUCGGUCGCAUCUCGUUGAGAUCCAUCCCGUUUAGUACCUAUCUGCAUCUAUAUAGUUUUAAAAUUCAAACUCUCCGCGGAACUGGUCCAGGUUCAUGCCUGUUCCAACCCGUUCAUGCAAA